ACACACACGCAUACGAAGAGAGACAUGGUCUGACGGGUCUGUCUGGACCCUAAUGGCGUGGUCCUGGUCGCUGGGAGGAAGUGGACCAUGUGAAACAGGAAGUGGACCAUAUGAAUACAGGAAGUUGAGCGCCGAAGCCCUUUGAGGACUCAGACCAACCCCCCCCCCCGACACCCCGACCGCCCCCCCGUCACAAGCAUGGAGCCAGGGGAGGCCUCUCCCCUCCGACACUUCGUCCUGGCCAAGCGCACUGUCAACGGCAUCUUCGAACAGAUCCUGCUGUAUGCCAAGGAGGCCUCCGCCUUCGCAGAAGAGACGUGGUGUGGGUCGGAGGGCUCCAGCGUGGUGGGUCAGGCUCAGUGCGAGGAGCUGCUGAGCUGCUGCACCAAGCUGACCACCAUCAGAGACGUGCUGGCCAGGAGACACAUGAAGGUGGCCUUCUUCGGCAGGACCAGCAACGGUAAGAGUACGGUGAUCAACGCCAUGCUGCGUGACCGCGUGCUGCCCACGGGCAUCGGCCACACCACCAACUGCUUCCUGAGGGUGGAGGGCACGGACGGGGAGGAGCCCUACCUCACCACCGAGGCCUCCGCCGAGAGGAGGAGCCUGCAGACCGUGAACCACCUCGCCCACGCGCUCCACAUGGAUCCUACGUUAGACUCUGGCAGUCUGGUCAAAGUGUUCUGGCCCAAGGGCCGCUGCACCCUGCUCAGAGACGACCUGGUUCUCAUGGACAGCCCUGGAACGGACGUGACGGAGGAGCUGGACAGCUGGAUCGACAAGUUCUGUUUAGACGCAGACGUCUUCGUCCUGGUGGGGAACGCAGAGUCCACCCUGAUGAACACGGAGAAGCUGUUCUUCCACAAGGUGAGCGAGCGGAUCUCCAAACCCAACAUCUUCAUCCUCCACAACCGCUGGGACGCCUCGGUCACAGAGCCCGACCACGUAGAGGAGGUGAGGAAGCAGCACCUGGACCGCGGGGCCAGCUUCCUGGCGGAGGAGCUGAGGGUGGUGAGCCUGGAGGAGGCGCCCGGACGGAUCUUCUUCGUCUCCGCCAAGGAGGUGUUGUACUCCAGGAUGCACCGCGCCCAGGGAAUGCCGGAGACAGGGGGCGCUCUGGCCGAGGGCUUCCACGAGAGACUCCGAGAGUUCCAGAGCUUUGAGCGGACGUUCGAGGAGUUCAUCUCCCAGUCGGCCGUGAAGACCAAGUUCGGCCAGCACACGGUGCGUGCAGGGCAGAUCACCCAGGCCGUCAGGGACGCCAUGGACGCCGUUAACAUUUCCGCUGCAGACAGGAAGAUAUGCUGCCUUGAGGAGCGGGAGGAUCUGCGGGACCGCCUGGACUUCGUCCGAGGUCAGAUGGGUCGUCUGAGCUCCAGCCUCCGGGACCAGAUCAGCACCCUGAGCGAGGACGUGGCCGCCCGGGUGGCGGCAGCUAUGUUGGAUCAGAUCCGGAGUCUGGCGGUGCUGGUGGAGGAGUUCCGGUCGGACUUCAACCCCACUCCCGACACCCUGGCCCUCUACAAGGCUAAACUGGUGUCCCAUGUGGAGGAGAGGAUGGUGAGCUCCUUGUCGUACCGCUGCUCCCCAGGAGUCGGCCAUGAUGUCCAGGCGACCCAGACCAGCAUGAUGGAGAGCGUGCGCCCGCUGCUGUCCCUGGACGCCCAGGAGCACUUCCAGCUGCCGGGCUCCAGGCCCGACCUGCUCCUGGACCUAAACCUGGCCCAGCUCUGUGGAGACUUCCAGGAGGACAUCCGCUUCCGCUUCUCUCUGGGCUGGACCGCCCUGGUCACCCGGUUCAUCGGCCCCGUCAACGCCAAGAGGGCGCUGGCCGGCGUGGACCCCAGGAUCCAGAACAUGGUGCAGGAAGGAGCCAACCUGAAGGAUGAGAUGGUGGUCUCCAUAGCGACGGGCCUGGUGUCGGUGACCUCUCGCGCCUCCAUGACGGUGAUAGUCAUCGGUGGGGUGGUGUGGCGCUCGGUGGGCUGGCGUCUCAUCGCGCUGUCCCUGUCGCUCUACGGCCUGCUCUACCUGUACGAGAAGCUCACCUGGACGGAGGUGGCCCGGGAGCGCGCUCUGAAGCGCCAGUUCGUGGAGCACGCCUCCCAGCGGCUGCGGGCCCUCGUCCCCGUGGCCAGCCACGGCUGCAGCCAGCAGGUCCACUCCCACCUGAUGUCGGUCUUCAGCCGCCUGAGUCAGCGUGUGGAUCUGAGCGAGGCGGAGCUGGAGGAGCAGAUCCGCCUGCUCACCUUCAAGAUCCAGCAGCUGGAGAGUGUCCAGCGCCGCUCCAAGGUCCUCAGGUCCGUCCAACCACCGCAGGAACUUCUUAAGUCACUCAGUUUAGCUAGCUGUAGCAGCAGCUCGUACCCAAAGCUACUUACGUUCAGGAACAGAGCCACUGAACUGCAAGGCCACCUGGAUGUUUUCUCAGCUCAGUACCUCCACGGCUGAACCACAACCUGACCAACACAACCGCUGGACUAGACACAAGAAUCUAGACUCCAAUCCAAGACUCCUCCUAGAAAAAUCCAUGCCUAAAUUCUUCUCCAGAUGCGAAUGAGAGGCAUUAGUCCAAUUUUUUAAAUGUCGUCCCCAAAAGCACACUGUGUAUUCUUGUGUGUGUGUGUGUCAGUAACUGGAGUCAGAAAAUUCUCAGAGGUGGGAUAAGAAUAACUUAGCAUUACAUAACAUCAAAAGGUCAAAAUCAUUUUUUUUCGUUUUUAUCCAACAAAGAGGACUUAUAAUCAACUGCAGACAGUUGUGGGUGGGAUCAAACUUAAGGUUCUUUGCCUGACACCCGGUGGCACAGCAAGCUUCAAACAGUCUUUCAUUUUUGGACUGCAAAUCUGCAAAUCUGAAAGCAACACCCCAGGUCAAAGUUUAAAUAACUCAAACUUUGAAGCGAGUCCCCUCUACUGUACCGCGUCGCUAGGGCAGGGUGCAUGGCCCCCUCACCUCUCUGCCUGUGAUGCUUUCUCUGCAGGGAAACAAUGGAGUGGGCUUUGCACCACGUCUCAAGUGGGCAGGCCUCCAACACCAACUCCUCAGAGACGUCCCACUGCACUGUCUUGUGAAGCUCACUUUAGCCUUCUGUGUUUGUUAUCUCCUUGAGUCUUCUCGAUCGCACUACAAUUGAUGUCCAACAAUCUCCAACGUGGACAUAAGAAUCACCUCAAUACUGUGAUACUUAGAGCUGACUGGUAGUCCUGUUUUGGCCUUCAAUAAAACACCUUUCU